AUGGGGAACAACCCAAUAGACCAAGGGGCACUCCCUGAUACUGGUUGGUCACUAGUUCGAGUUCCGUGCUGGAUCUUGGGAGAUAGUUUCAUGGGUAACUACCACACACUGUUCGACUAUGGCAACAUGAGGAUUGGAUUUGCUGAAGUUUACAGCAUUUUGAGUAGACGUGAAAAUCCAGGACAACAUGAGGCUAUGCGCAAAAUGAAAAAUGAGUUUUUAGUAAACUGGGACGGUCUGCGUAUGGAGGAUAAAGAACGUGCACUUGUUCUUGCUGCUACCAAUAUGCUAGUUGACCUUGACGAAGCUGUUAUAAGGAGGCUUCCUUGGAGGUAA